GCGCUGCGAAUCACAGCUGCACAACGAGCUCUGGAGGCGGCAGCUACAUCGGAGCGCUGGGUUUGUCCCGUCCCCCCUCUCCUCCUUUUUUUUUUUUUUUUUUUUUUUCCUCCCCUCCCUUCCUCCUUCCCCUCCUUCCUCCCCCUUUUCCCUCCCCUUCCCUUUGCGCGGCGAGAGCCAGAGAAAACUCCCGUGCAAAGCCCGGUCGCUGCCGCACAGCCGGUGCGCUCCCGGAGCGGAAAGUUGCGGCACGCUCCGGCGCUCCGCUACCGCGGGGAGAAGGCUCAGGACUUACAAAACCCACCCGGAGGCGCGGGCUUAGACCUUCUGCACCGUUCUUCUCGCUUCCCGCACGGCCCCGAAGGCAGCAUCUUUGUUUUGUUUUGCUUUUGACCUCCUGCCGCUGCUCCUUUCUCCUCUCCGUGGGCGUCUGAGUGCCCGGAGCCGCCGGCGGUGCGCUGCCAGCGCUGAUACCCAAAGCCGGGAGGCGUCGGGCGGCCCCGGGAGCCGGCUCGUCCCUGGCUUUGUUGCCGCGGUCCGAAGAAGCCCCAGAAGCCGGGAGAAGGAGGAGGCGGCGGUGGUGGAGGGGGGAGCAGAGGAAAGGAAGCGAGAGGCGAAGCGGAGGCAAAGUUUCUUUGGAAUAAGGAGAGCGGCCAGCCCUCUGCCAGGCUGCGCGCUGGGGCCAGGUCUCCAGCCCCCUCCGCCCGGAGAGGAGCCCGCAAGACAGCGAUGGCCGGAGAGCUGAGCAUCGGAGCUGAGCUGCCCACCAGCCCCCUGGCCAUGGAGUACGUCAACGACUUCGACCUGAUGAAGUUCGACGUGAAGAAGGAGCCCCUGGGUAGGAACGACCGCUCGGGCAGGCACUGCACCCGCCUGCAGCCUGCCGGCUCCGUGUCCUCCACCCCCAUCAGCACCCCCUGCAGCUCCGUGCCCUCCUCGCCCAGCUUCAGCCCCACCGAACAGAAGACCCACUUGGAGGACCUGUACUGGAUGGCCAACAGCUACCAGCAGAUGAACCCUGAGGCGCUGAACCUCACCCCGGAGGAUGCCGUCGAAGCCCUCAUCGGCUCCCACCAAGUGUCCCAGCAGCUGCAAGGCUUCGAGAGUUUCCGGGCCCAUCACCACCACCAUCACCACCACCAGCACCACCACCAUCAAUACCCCGCCGUCACCCACGAAGACCUGGCGGGCAGCGGGCACCCUCAUCACCACCACCACCACCACCAUCAGGCCUCUCCCACCCCUUCCACUUCAUCCAGCUCCUCUCAGCAGCUCCAGACCUCACACCAGCAGCAUCCCCCCUCCAGCAGCGUGGAGGACCGGUUCUCGGAUGACCAGCUGGUCUCCAUGUCCGUGAGGGAGCUCAACCGGCAGCUGCGGGGCGUCAGCAAGGAAGAGGUGAUCCGCCUCAAGCAGAAGAGGAGGACCUUGAAGAACAGGGGCUACGCUCAGUCCUGCAGGUAUAAACGCGUCCAGCAGAAGCACCACCUGGAGAAUGAAAAGACCCAGCUCAUUCAGCAGGUGGAACAACUCAAGCAAGAAGUGACCCGGCUGGCCAGAGAGCGAGACGCCUACAAGCUCAAGUGUGAGAAACUUGCAAGCAAUGGCUUCAGAGAGGCCGGCUCCACCAGUGACAACCCGUCUUCCCCCGAGUUCUUCAUGUGAGUGCUUAAUAAAAGUAAUUAAAAAAGAAAAAAAAAAAACAAAAAAACAACAAAAAAACAAUAUUAAAAAAAAAAGCCCAACAAGAAAAAGAACCCACCCGACCCCUGACCCCCAUCAUUCCCACCCCUCACCCCCUCUUGCUCCCAUCCUCCUCUGACAUCUUCAUCAUCUGUCUGCUUGACUAGAGAGAAAGAAGGAGACGAACUUAGAGACUUGAUUUUUGUUUUUGCAGCAUCCAGUCUUCUAGAUUAGCUGUGGGAAAAGUAGGCUGGGGGUGGGGAUGGGAGAGGUAAAGUGCAACUUUUUGACUUCGGUUUGCGAGUUAGAGAGAGGGACAGAGGAACGGGAGAAAAGGACAAGUGAAGCAUUUUAUAGAUCGCUUGCUUGCAGAACGAGAUGGACUUUAAGAGAAUAAGGACAGAAAAAGACAAUGAACGAGCCUAUCUAUGAGCUACUGCCUGCUCGGGAGGAGAGAGGACACACACAGCACCAUCUCAUGCACAAUUUACCCACUUGGGAAAAAAAAAGUGAAUAAUCAGAAAGGACAAUAUAUGCAAACUCUUCAUAUAUUGCCUGCUUAGAGAAGAAAGAAAAAGUUACAGGACUCAGAUGGGACAUUCAAUCUAAGAGAGGAAAGAAAGAAAGAAAGAAAGAAAGGAGAAAAAGAUAAACUCAUCAGUUUUAUUGCCUGCUUGAUUAUAUAGAAAAAAAUACGAAAAUCUGCAUUAAAAAUAUUAAUCCUGCAUGCUGGACAUGUAUGGUAAUAAUUUCUAUUUUGUACCAUUUUCUUGUUUAACUUUAGCAUGUUGAUCAUCGAUCAUAGAUUUCUGUUGUUUUGUUUCAUUGGUAAGGAAAAGCAUCGCGAGUUACCCCAAGUUUUUACUGCUUGUGCAGUUUUUGUUGGUUGGUUUUUUGCUCUCUUUAUUGUUUUUUUAUUUCUUUUAUGGUCGUCGGCUUGUAAAUAUCUGCUACUUCAAACCGCACAGGAAGAGAAAACAGAACAUAAAGCAAAGUAACAUUUCAGCAGGCUGGUUGUACGGUUUGGUUGGUAUUAAAGAGAUACUUAAGGGGGGAGGGGGGGGAAGGAAAAGUUAUGGGCAUUUUGCAUUCGGAAAAAGAGAAGGGGGGAAAAAAGGCAACUUUGUAUAUCUGGUGCACUUUUAAGUUGUGUGGUUUUUGGUUGUUUUUUGUUUUUUUUUUUUGGUUGUUUUUUUUUCUUUUGUUUUUUAGUUUUCAUUUUGGUUGUUGUUUGUUGGGGCAGAAGAAAGGAAAAAUAACAAAACGCGAAACCAAAACGUUUGGAUGGCAUUGACAAACCCAGACUGAAUGGUGAAUGGAGAGGGGGGUGGUUGGGAGGGGGUGAAGGCGGCUCCGCUCCUCUCCGCUCCGCACCGCGCACUCAGGGCGGCCCGGCCCCGCUGUUCCCGGCAGGAGGAGCCGCGAUGCUCCGCUCUGCGGGCGCUCCCUGGCGCUGUCAAGCUGGGUUUCCCAAUGCUUCGAACGGUAACGCUUCCUCCGAGGAGGCGACGCCGCCGCUUUGAAAGCGUUAUUCUUUUGUAAUCUGCUUCUCCGCUUCCCUAUGCAGCGAGUGAAAGUUUUUAGCCGAAAUUAAUUUGCAGUUUGUAUAGUAGCGGUAGUUUGGAGUCUUAUGGGUGUUUUUGAUGACUUUUUUUUUGUUUUGUUGUUUUUUUUCCUCCUGCAGGUCAGUAAAAGGAUUUACGUUGCACUGACAAAAAAAUAUACCAAAAUGAAAACUUAUUUUUUAGUUUCCUUUUAGGAUAGCUGGCACUGCUGGCCGGAUGCAUUUUAAGUUUGUAUUAGUUUCUAAAUUAACAGUAAUAACAAGAUUGUAAUGAACAGCAUGGUGCUUGCAGUUUUAAAUAUUGUGGAUAUUAGUCACGCAUCAGAAAACGAUCUUUGGUUUUUACUGAUUCAACUGUGUUGAAAUCAAGACAUUGCAGCAGCGGAGAUAAGAAAAAUAAUAAUGGUUUUUAUUUCAUGUAAAGUUCAGAAGGGAUCAAUUUCAAAUCCUGCUUACGAUAUGAAAAACAAAAAAAAAUAUUAAAAAAAACCAACCUGGUCUAUUGUAGUUUUAUUCAGACUGGUUUCUGUUUUUUGGUUAUUAAAAUUGUUUCCUAUUUUGCUUAUUAAAAUCAUUGAAAUGGCA